UGCAUUGCGUUAUUGGCCUUAAAGGAAGGAAUUGAAGGUAGCUAGAUAGAAAACAUAAUAAUAAUGAGAAAGCCAUGCUGUGAAACCAACAAAGACAUGAACAAAGGAGCUUGGUCCAAACAAGAAGACCAAAAACUCAUUGACUAUAUCAACAAACAUGGCGAUAUUUGCUGGCGUACCCUCCCUCAAGCUGCAGGUCUAUUAAGGUGUGGCAAAAGCUGUAGGCUAAGAUGGAUAAACUAUUUGCGCCCAGACCUUAAAAGAGGCAACUUUGCUGAAGAUGAAGAAGAUCUCAUCAUCAAGCUUCAUGCACUUCUAGGCAACCGGUGGUCACUAAUAGCGGGAAGAUUGCCGGGACGGACGGACAAUGAAGUGAAGAACUAUUGGAACUCUUACAUAAGAAGAAAGCUAAUUAGCAAAGGCAUUGAUCCAAAUAACCACCGUUUAAUAACCCAAAAAAAUCUAAUCCCUACUCCACCCAUUUCCGAUUGUUCAAAAUCAUCAUCUUCUGGCUUAUUGAAGAAAAAAAACAAGAAUAAUGAUGAGGCAACAACCAAUAAAUCCAAUAACAUUGACAACUAUGGUUAUCAUCAAGUAGGCUCAUCAGAAGAGGAUGAGUCUAAUAAUAAUAAUAAUAACAAUAAAGGCUUAUUAUUGCCGGAUUUAAACCUUGAUCUCACUAUCAGCAUUCCUUCAUCAUCAUCAGCUGAAAACAGCGAUCUCAAACCAACAAUUCAUCAUGAAUCAAAUUCUUCAGGGCGGGAACGGAACUUGAUGAUGGCUGGUAAUUCCCCUCCAACUCUUCUUCUAUUUCAGUAACCAUCAUCAAUGUAUAUAGAAACGGAUGAGCAAGAUCAUCACGCAAGCAAGCUAAGGGAAUGGAAGCAAUUCAAAAUCAGAUCAGCAAAUAUAUAUGCAUGUAGAGACAUAUCUUGAUGAGGAUAUGAUAAUUCAGAUCAACAUGCAACGUACUUUUAUUGGUUCAUGGUGACAUGAUUAUUGUGCUAGAACCUAACUAGCUUAGCUUGCAAUAGAAUCAUCAUGUCAUGAUGACUGUGAAAAUGAGAAUGAUCUAUAUAUUUCCUAAACUCAUUCAUAAAAAGAUUCCA